AUGUUAUUUAAUAAGUUUCGGCUUCAAAAUUUAUUUCGAAUAUGUCCCAACACAUUUUCCACGUCCCCUAGGUGCUUAAAAUCUGAUUCUAGCAAUGCAGAAUCUGUAGAAUUGGCCUACUCCUCAUACGAGAGCACCGAUACCGAUACGUCGAAACGACCGCCUCUAGUCAUCUUACAUGGACUGUUAGGUUCAAAAAAUAACUGGAACAGUAUGAGUAAAGCUAUUCACAAAGCCACAGGAAGGAAGAUAAUCAGUGUGGAUGCUCGUAAUCAUGGCGACAGUAGGCAUUCUUCGCAGCAUACCUACAUUCAUAUGGCCCACGACGUGAUAAAAUUGUUAAAGAAACUGGAAAUAUCAAAAGUAUCUAUCCUUGGACAUAGCAUGGGCGGACGCACUGCAAUGGUUCUGUCACUACUUUGUUCGGAUCUCAUAUCAAGUUUGAUUGUGGUUGACAUAUCUCCAGUAAAAACAAGUCCACAAAUCUUCAGUAUGAUGAAUCUCUUUGAUGCCAUGACAUCGGUCUCAAUAAGAAGUGGUAUUGCAAUGUCUAAAGCAAGGAAAUUAGCUGAUGAACAAUUGAAAAAUAUCUCACCUGACGUCAAUCUUAGAAAUUUUUUAAUAACAAAUCUGGUUCAAACUAAUACAGGAUCCUAUACUUGGAGAGUUAAUUUGCCAGCAUUAAAAGAAAACUUUCAAAACCAUAUAUCAAAUUUCCCUUCCUCUCUUAAAGGUCUGCAAUAUUGUGGACCAAGUUUGUUUAUUGGAGGCUCCCUAUCUGAUUACAUUGGGAAGAAUGAUUUGCCAGAAAUUCAAGAAUAUUUUCCACUAGCAGAACUAGUAUUUAUUGAUGGUGCAGGACAUUGGGUACAUAGCCAAAAACCAGAGAAAUUUCUAGAAAAUGUUUGCAAAUUUUUAGGAGAAAAAUAA